GACGGUCGAGCUAGGUACCGUUGCAUCGCCGCGUAUCAUCACCAAUGGUGCUACGGGCAUCUUUCUCUGGCCGGCGUAGGCCGCUUCAUCACCCUGCUCAGGCAGAAGGAGAACGCGGAGGUCGUGCAAGCCGAAAUUGAAAGCAUCCAAGGCAAGUACGGUCGCGGACCCAGCAGCCCAAGCUUCCCAAACACCCAUGUCCCGUGGUGUGUGGACAAGGGCGAGGAGGACUCGGAGGGCCGGCCGUACAUAAGCGGCUUAGCGUUCACUUGGUCCGCGUUGCCAGCCGAUUCGGGCUUUGGGACGGCGGGGAUAUCCAUCAUCGACGUCACAAAGCCUGAGUCUCCUGCCUACUGUUUCAUCAGGUCAGAACGACGGUGUCGUCCCAUCGACGCGCAAGAGUAUAUGUCCGCCUACGGUCACGCUCCCACAGACGAGCGGAAAUUGGAACGCGCUCUACAGAUCCUGGCAGAUAUUCCUCUGGUGACACAGGACAUGCUCAACGAGGCGUGGCCAGAGCAGGACCGGAAUGAAACCGCGGAUACCAACCCUGCUGAUGUCGAAGUAGUCGCCACGACUGCGGAUGCCGAUGAGCCUCAAAUGUCGUUGGUACCCGCGCUGGACCAGGCUAUAUCGACUGGCGACACGAGCAUGAUCGAAAGACUGUUGUCGCAGCUUGACAAGGAUCACCAGAUUCAAGCCUUUCCCAAGCAGCGCAGUCUCCUUGCUCGAAGCCUGUUGCUCAAUGACGUGCAAGCCGAAGCCGUGGAUCUUUCUGGCUUCCAUCUGUCUACCGACCAGCUUCUCCAGAUCCUGUCCUCCUGCAAGGAGCCAGUGUGCUCCCUGAACCUUUCAUUCAAUGAAUGCAUCACAUCGGAAACCGUGGCGCAGCUGCUCACGACAUCACCAUCCCUACGUCGACUCGUUCUCAUCGGCUGUACGUCGAUCAAGGAGGCCGAUCUCUUCGAUCUGCUGCGAAACGAGUCCAAGCUGUUCUACAAGCUCGACACUCUCUUGCACCCUUCCUUGCUUGAAAUAUCCGAGCCUCCGCGCUGGCCCGUGGCCUUCACCUUCGCAUCCACAUCGCAUGCUACGACGGCGCCCAGAAUACGCGGCUGCUGCUUGCCUGUCUUCACUCCGACAAGCAUUGUGCAGUCUCUUCUUGACUUCGCAGAGGUCAUCGCGCAGUCUCCCGCGGCGUUCUUCGCGUCCGACGGCGGCAUGGUGGCUCAGGCGGCGUUCACCGCAACGCGGAAACCAGGACAGCCGUUCUCCGAGAGAAGCCUCGCGGCGGCGCCCCUCUUCGGCCUGAAAGCUUUGGCCAAGGGCUCGCACCCCAGCUGGGUAUGCAUGUAUCAAUGGGGCCAACUGGAGACCCCGACUGGAUGCCAGUACACCUUCAACAGAUACAGGAACAUCGAGAACAUUGACGAAGAAGACGGAGGAGGCACCGAUGAAGACCGCCGGCGACCGUCAGUCGAACGCUUCGACCUGCAAGGUUUUCUGGCUGCGCUCGAGAGCGAAGGUCGGCCAUCCUUUCUACUGUCCAAGGAAGAGUCCGAGAGACGCACCUCUGAAGCGUCGCGAGCGAGACCUACGUCUUUCAUCCCGACGCUACCUGCGAGUGAGGCUGACUUGCAGCAAAUGUAUAGAGAGAUGCAGCAGAGGGAACAAGAGAUACAGCAGAUGGAACUGCAAAGAAUCCGGAAUCGAGAUAACAAGACAGCCAUGUUCAUGCCGGGCUAUUAUAUCAGGCAGUUCAUGCAGACUGUGGCUACACACGACGCGGAGUAUAGGCUUUUUGGCUAUUGGGGAGAUUCGGAAAAGUGAGGUUGUCGUUGGGUUGUCGUGUAGGCCAUAGACGUCUUGCCGGCGAAGAACCGCCAUGUACAUGCCAGUGAUGUAUAGUAAGGGUUUCUACAGGUGCAAUGUCAACGUUCGUUUGGUCCCUGCGGCAAAAGGCCUGGCCAUGGCGACUCGCCCCCGUUUCGACUGUCACGGUCUCGACUGUCUGCAUCUAG